AUGGUUGAUUUUACUUUAAUUAAGGGACCAGGAACUGGAUCUAAUCCAGUACGUCCUACUCCCCUGGGAACGCAUAAUGAUGCCUCCAGCGAUGUACCAGUCCCGUCUGCAACUGUAGACUUUGCUUUGGAUGGUUCUUUGUCAAAAGAAGCAGAAACCGAUCAGACAAAGCCAUGUUCUGUGAUAGGCGCUCCGCAUAAUGUCUCGCUUGAAGAUGCCAAUUCUUUACCUCCAGCUAGCCAGGUAGGCUCAAUUAAUCAGACUACGCAAGAUGGAGAGGAAGUGUCUGACACUUGGGAUGCCAAUGUCGCCACCACAACUUUUAGUUCAAGGUUUAAGAGAGCACUGAUAAUGAAGAAAGGGUUUACAGUCGAGAAAGCCACGGAGAUUCUCAAGGCGGCUGCUAAAAUUGACAAAUACAUCAAUCAAGCCGUAAGUGCUUUAAGUUAUACUGGCAUGCCACAACUUCAGGUGGAAGAAGUCCGUAACAAUUUAUUGGUGUAUCGAAUCGGCCCAGAAGACAUACCUGACUUUGCAAACGAGGCAAAAAUGCUCAUUGGUGAUAUCCAUACAUCGCCGGAACUUCGAGAGCAGCUAACUACAAAUCCGCUGAAUAUCCUCAAAUACCAGAAAGUUGUCAAAGUGUUUCAGGUGAACGUGGACGUAUGGAAGCCACUUCUUGAUACGGCCACACCCAGAGUGGAUUUCAUUUUGAUCUUUAUGGCAAUUACAUUUACCAUAAAGUUGCCUCCUCAUCAAUUAAUGAAGUAUAUUGUGGAGGAUUUGGUUUUGGUCGUUCCAAAACCUCUUUCAUUUUAUCUUUACUACUGUUUGUUCCACACUACGCUUCGUGACUCUGACAUACUCGCCGUCCUUGGCGAGGUGUUUUAUUGGUCGUUGGUUAAAGUCAAUGAGAAACUUAUUUCGAUAGAAUGGGGGCCAAGAAGUAUCUGGGACAGACUUGAGAAUGAUACAUCUCUCCAGCCUGCUCCUCGCAUGCAAUACGUACCGAGCCCAACCCAAGGUUGUCCAAGUUCUAGCCUGAAUGCUGCAACACCACGUUCAUCAUUAUUGGCUUCUCCCGAUCGCAGAGUGGAAGAAAUUGACUCGACAUGGGAGGUCAUAAAAGCUCCAGGUGAGGUUGAGAAUAGCAGAUCUUACUGCUCUGAAUCUGCCAUUGCAUUCCCUCCAGAUCCUGCUAAUCUUGUGCCAGUUUAA